AACACCCCUCCUUCAUGUUUUUGGUUUGUCUCGAACCCAGGGCUGCAUGGGUUCGAAGGGGGCGGGGCCAGAACCCAGGAGCGUUCGAAAAGGGCGGGGCCAAGCCCUGGCUGGCUGCGGUGGGUCGGUUACAGCGUCAGUGUCACCAAGCUCUUGCGGGGGUCGGGGUCUCUGAUGCUGGUCGUCAUGGAGCCCAUGGCCAGCAACAUCCAGGUGCUGCUGCAGGCGGCGGAGUACCUGGAGCGCAGGGAGAGAGAAGCGGAACAUGGCUAUGCUUCUCUUUCGCCUUACUGUGGCCAAGGUGCGUUACAGUCACGGAGGAGGAGGAGGAGGCCAAAGCCUGGGAAGGCCCUCAAAAGCCUCAGAUCUGUACACAAUGAGUUGGAGAAGCACAGGAGAGCUCAGCUGCGACACUGCUUAGAGCAGCUACAACAGCAAGUUCCCAUGAAUGCAGAGCAUUCUCGUUACACAACCCUUAAUCUUCUGCACCGAGCCAGACUGCACAUUAAGAAGCUGGAGGAGCAGGAACAGAAGGCUCAGCUACAGAAGGAGAGGUUACGUUGUGAGCAACGAAACUUGCACCAGCGGCUGGAGGAGUUACUGGCCCAUUCCAGUAUGGAGCGGCCACGAGCAGACAGCCUGGAUUCCUCUCAAUUCUCAGAACGCUCCGACUCAGAUGCCGAGGUGGAUGUGGAAGGCGUGGCAUUCAGUAGCACUGAAGAGGAUGUUGUGGCUGCUGUCAGCACUGGGCAGGAGCACAGCUAUUCUAGCAACUUCUGGUUAUGAUGGAGAGAAACAAGAUUAAGAGGACAAGCUCUUCUUCAGACUGCCUGCCUCCCAGCAACAUGGCUACAGCUUUGUGCCACUAUGAAUGGAUCCAGGGCCACUAGAGAACUGCUUAACUAAAGGAGAAUCCUCAAGCAUGGUGCAAAUAAGUACACAUCAUGUACCACUACCUUCAUCUUGGAAGCAAGCAGAAUAACUACCAGAGAAACUGAUGGCCAAAAUCCUUUACCAUUUGGGUAACAGUUGUGAAAGAAGACUGAGGUCUCAAGCACUUGAACUCUAUGGGACGACUGUAGAGGAUGAGUAUAUCAUUCAGUAUUGUCCAAUCCUGGUGAAUGCUUCAUGGACAUCUUGGCUCCUUGAGAUGGAGCAGAUGAGCUUAUACAGUAGAGAGUAGGCACAAAUCUCAGUAAAGGCUGGGAUAUAAAUUUUGUUUUUAAAGAGAAGAUGCGUUUAGCUGUAAGCAUUAAAAAUUUUGCAAAAAUCUGGUUGAACAGGUAGCAUUUCCAUUCCUCCACAUGAAAUGGGUUAUGCUGCAGUUGACUUAAAAUAACAGCCAGAACCAAUGCUGGAGUGUAUGUGUGUGUGUGCUUGUAUGUAUCAUAGGAAAGUAAUUUUGUACAGAGAGCCCUACCUUGGUUUUCUUUUGUGACCCACCCCUUCUAUGUACUGAA